CCGAUAACUCUUGGUGUCAUAUCUGGCAGACUUAGCGACAGGAAAUGUUAGUCUCUGUAAUAACUAGAAAUCUAGAUCUUCUCGAUUUCGGAAUACCUAGAUAUCGAAUAGUCUAGACUAUAUUUAAUGAAUUUGAAUAGAUACAUUAAAGAUAUUUGAAAUAUGGCAGCUUUGUUGAAAAAUCAAAUCUUAAAACAUUUGUCAAAGUUUACUAAAAAUCUGUCUGCUGAUAAAAUUAACCUAAGCACACUGAAGGGUGAAGGAGAACUCUCCAACCUAGAACUAAAUGAGGAUAUUUUAACUCAGUUGCUAGAGCUGCCCACUUGGCUUAGGAUUACCAAAGCUGUUUGUAACAAAGUCUCAGUUAAGAUCCAGUGGACAAGUCUCAAAUCUCAACCUAUACGAUUGUACUUGGAUGAGGUCAUCGUGGAAACAGAGACAUGCGAGCAGCCGAGAGCCCCGAACAAUCAGAGCCAGCAGACAUCUGGUGGGAAAUAUGGUUUUGUAGAUCGUGUUAUGGACGGUAUCUAUGUCCAUGUCAACUCCGUGGUGGUCAAGCUACACUCACACAAGUUCCAAGCUUCCCUGCAGCUGUCAAGGGUGAAAGUUCAGUCCAUGUCACCAACCUGGGUUGUACCAACUGACCUGAGGUCAACCCGGAUAAGGGAUGCAGCCAGGGGGGAGGUGCUGCUCUUUAAGGAAAUUGAGUGGCAGACCACGCGGAUAGAGGCCACAGCUGUUAGUGCUGAGGAGGAGGACUUCCUCACCCCUCUCAGGCUCAUUGCCAACCAAGCCAAGAUUAGGAUUGUUGUCAAGAAAAGGUUGAUAGAUUCAACAAUAAUUUCAUCCAGACUGACCUUCCUGUUAGAUGACUUACUUUGGGUGUUGACUAUUACUCAGCUGAAAGCUGCUAUCCUUUAUGCAAACUCCUUAGAAGAAGUGAUAGAACGAUCAGCCCAGCAGAGCAAAAGGUUGGCAGCUGAAAAGUUAAAGAAACAAGGGCACAUGCCAGAAAGUGGCAGCUUUCAUCAACAGCAGCAGCGGUCAACACCGGACAGACAGGAAUCAACAUCAGCCAAACUGUUCUCACGUUUUGAUGUGUACAGCACCUCAUAUCAUCUAAUCACCAGUCGCUUUGAUCUACACCUGUGUGAUGACAGUAGUCCAGCCAAAGAGGAAACCAGGCACUGGAAGAUCAAUGGAGGCUCCAUGCAGAUAACAUUCAACAAACUGUCCAUAGACUUUUACCCCUUCCACCCAGCAGAGAUAAAUGAUUUGGAAAAGAUAGACCUUAUAAUGACUCGUGGUGGAGAAAGAAAACAAUGGCAUCGCUACUCCGACAACUCAGGGUCCAGGAACCACUGGGUGAACAAGCUAUUUGCAGAGUUCAGGGAGGAUGCUGUCAAACUGAGAAAAAUUGUAGAGUCAUCUCCCAUGCAUACAUCCACAUCAGCACCAUCUCUGCAAGCCACACAGCCAUCCCCUUCCACAUCACCCAGCACAGCUAAUAAGAAAACCUUGUCACCAUCUAGUAGUCAGUCAGUCAACUCUAGCCCAGUCCACACAAAUCAAACCUUAAAAAAUGGCUCAAGGUCUGCGCAAGCCUCUCCGUCACAUCAAGCCCCAGCUUCUAGAUCUACUCGCCUGUUAGAGAGUUGUUUUGUUGUUAAAGUGUUUGAUAUGACUGUGUACAUGGUGUCUAUGCCAGGUGUUAAGAGGACAGGACCAAAUAAACUUUUAUGUUCAGACCGACGCCAUUUACAUUUACCACCAGAGAUGGCAGUGCUACACAUGGAGUUUACAGACUACUUUUUUCCUGAUGGUCUAGAAUACCCAGUUCCGCACUCCAACAUGUAUGUUAUGGUUAACCCUAUACGCAUCACUCUGGAUUUCCUAACACUGCUAUGGUCCAAUGUAUUUUUACUCACCCUUUCCAAUUCAUUAAAAACAGAAGCUAGUAAUGAAAAACCAUCAGAGCAUGUCGAUAUCAAAGUUCAAAUGCUUAUGCCGAGGAUAAUUUUACCUGCUGAAGAAAAGAUUGACAGCCAGCCUGACCGGCCUGACGCUGUCCAGCUCCAGAUCUCCCAACUGGUGGUCAGCAACUGCAGGAUGGAGGACAAGAUGGGCAGGGAGGACCUGAGGUCACUGCUGGACCAGUACAAGUCAGCCAGGCUCUUCACACAGACAGACUUCCCCAAUGAUGACAGCCAGUUGAACCAUGACCUGCUGGUUACAGGGUUGUUAGAUCACGCUCUGGACACAGAUGAUCCAUACAUAGAUAAAGCCGUGAAGCAGCUGCUGAGCCACAGUGUGGACACCACAAAGCUCUCCCCUACAGAAGCAAACUUGCUGGAACACCCGCGCCACCUCCCCUACCACAAACUUAGCUGCAACAGCUUGAAGCGUCUAGCCUCAUCUGACGUGUGGUCAGCCACUGCUGACCAGGUCUGGCUGGAGUUUCUCGGCAUCCAGAACUAUAAAAACCGACCCGCCCCUUUUGUUGAAGCCAUACCCGUGACCUUCUGGCUUAGCCGGUCUAGCAAAAAACAUGAUCAAAAUGGCGUCACUCAGCUAAGUGUUUGCCGCUGUCAUAGAAACAGCCAGACUGUUGCAUGCACUGCCAUAAGGGAACAGUGCAGCCCAGGCAAUAAGGCGGCCACGGUUGGUCCUUCAGCAUUCUCCAGCACAACCUGUGAUAACAAGGACAGUCCUAUUGACUGUGAGUCCAGCCUGGACAGCAGACACACAUCCCCAUCCAGUGAGAAACUCAGCAGGUUUGACCAUAGUGACCACCGGCACCAAGACCAUGAUGGAAACAGUUCUGUUCAUUCCCACCAUGAACCAGACAGGCACCCCACACGUCUUUCAUUAUCCGGUAUCCCCCAUUACAGUAACGGAUCCAGGCAUAGUAAAAAGUUGAACAGGACAGAGUCCCUGCAUGAAAGUGACUCUGCUGAUUUGUCCAGCUCCCCCCACUCUUUCAGCACAAAGUCCGACACCACCCUCAGGGAGAUGUUCUCACAUGAGGUCAGUGACCCUCACAAUGGGGACAGGAGGCGGGGCAAGAAGGUGGAGCAGUACCCAGGCGUGUACAGACCUGAGGCUGAUGUCAGCUAUCAGCAGACCCGACAGAGGCAGGACAAGCAGAAGGAUUGUUCUAGAUCUAGUUCUAGUCCGCCGUUGGGGCAUGGGGAGGUUGGAGGUAGGAGGAGGGAGGAGUCAAGAGAGAGGAGGUCAAAGGAGAGAAGAAUUAGACACAGUAGUAGUUCUAGUAUAGAGGGAGGUGGUGGUGGAGGGGGAGGCAAGAAGAACAGAGAGGCAGACGGGAGGUCAAGUGCUGAAGGUCAGGUCAGCUCGGAUUCUUUCAGGAGUACAGAUGAGAGAAAGAGUGUUCGGGACAGUAAAAAGGUGGAAGAUUACUACUACACUGAUGACAGGGCCAAGCCCAAAGGAAGGGAUGAUGAGGUGUCAAACUUGCGCAGGUCACGACACAGCAGUAGCAGCAGUUCAGAAUGGGGUCCUGUGGGGUCAGGGAGGUCACGUGAGAGAAGGUUUCAAAGAUCUGCCAGCCGGGAGAGUCGUAACUUUGACAGGCAAGAUAUAGAGAAGCAUUCGCCCAGGGAGAGGUACAACGAAGAGAGAGUUUCUCCCCGGGCAGAGAGGUCACCCAGAGACAACCGGGGUCGGAGGUCAUCUAGAGACCCACGAGAUGGGAGUAGAGAAUCAACAGACAGAAGACAUGAGAUGUUGGAGGCUCAUGUUUAUGAGAGGUCACCCAUUCGAUCAAAGACUAGAGAUAUAAUGGAUGGCUUCCCUUUGAACCAGAAAGGUUUUCCUCUGGACAGGGAUGGUGGGAUGAGUGAGGACACCAGGCACAGACGCAGGGGGGUGGAGCCUGCUGACCCCAGGCAGAAACAUGAGAGGGUGGAGGAUGGGGACAACCAAAGGUUCAAGUACAACCACGAUAACCCUGAACCCAGGUCAUGGUUAAGUGACUCCCCUAGGUCGCGGCACAAUGACGCAGACUGUGACAACGACAGGUUUAGUCCGACCUCCCAGAGUUCCCAGGACAUGAAUGCUCUAGAGGUAACCCAGAACAUGCUGAACGAGCAGGUGGACGCCACCCUGAUGAAAUGCACCCUCCCUCCAGAGACCUGCAAGAGGCUGCCACCAGAGGGGUGCAAGGCUCAGGACGACAAGAUCUGUGAACACUGCUCCCAGCAGGCCCCCCUCCCAGAGAAGCACCUGUGUCUCCUGACCAAGAUCCACGGCAAACUGCGGGUACAGCUGAACCAUUUCCAGUACCUGUUCCUGCUCAGGGUGUCUGAGUCAUUUUCUGCCUUCCAGAAUGAUCUGUCUGCUAAUCUGUUAUCAGUAGCUUCCAACACAUCUACCUCAAAGAAGAACUUUAAAAAAGCCCCUGUGAAGGAGCCUCCAUCAGUUACUGUUAUCCCCUUGAUUCUGAAGGAGCUUGAGUUUGCAGUGGUCUGCCCCUACCAGAUGCACCAAAGAACUUUUUCUGAUGACUUCAGUGUCAUCUCCCCUUUCCUGCAAGGCUUCACUGGACAAGAUGCUGUGUUUGGUGAUGAUGGGGAUGGUACCUGUUUCCCACAGCUUGUUGAUACAAAAGGUCUCAGGAGCAGGGACGACUCCUCCCUCAGACCCUUCCAGCAGACCAUCUCCUUCAAGUCCAACUCCAGCAGCCAGCUAGAGAACAUGGCACACCUGGGACCACCUGCUGAUGUCAACCUGCGCGCCCGUGGGCUGGUGGUGGGCAGUAACAACAUCCAACCCCCUAGUGGCGUUAUAGUGCCAGUUACAAGCAACCCCUUCUCCAGUAAAAACAAGGACCAGACAGAUGUCAUGUCACAGUCCCUUAGCUCAAUAGGCAAAGACUCAGGCAUAGGUAUUGAACGCAAGUCACAACGCCCACAGUCAAAGGUCAACACAGGAAGCAAUGUAGGCAAAGUUUUCUCUUCAGCCUUCUCCAGUUUCACUGCCAACUUCAAACCUAAGGGGGAUGAUAUUCAUGGGGUGGGGGAUGACGUAGAGACUAUGUCAAUCCGCACGGAUACAUCGGAUGAUGACUUUGAGCACAUGUCACUAGAUGAAGCAGAUGAAGUUCCAGCGUUCUUUCAUGACCAACCUCCUCCUGAAGUCACCCAGACAGGAGGGGAUAACUACAGUGACGCGGGGGAUAUUGCUGACUCUGCUAGUAUGUAUGCUGAAAGCUCCACCACUAAAGGAAAAGAAAUGGUGUAUGUAGUUCUAUUUAAACUUGACACCACAGAGAUUUUACUUCAAAGUUGUCCAGAACAGGCAGACAGUAAGGUGCAGCUAGCCAAAUUAAAUUCUAUUCAGCUGGGAAACAUUUCAUAUGAAGAUUUUCAGACCAGGUUUUCUACACCCAAAGGUUAUUUCCAGGAAGAUGUAGCAGACACCCAACCCCCAAAAUAUCCAAUCAAAUUAAAGUUUACAUCCCAGUCUGACCCAUCUAGAGUGUGUGCAGACAGUGGCAAGCUGUUGGUCAGGGCGGAGAAUUUCAGCUUGCAGUUUAAAAUGUCUGCCUUGACCUGCCUGUCUGAUUUCUCUGAGGAUGAAAAACUGCCGGAAGCUUUCCCCAUGUCUCUUGAUAUAAGGAACCUGUUGCUGAUACUAGAGGAAGAUCGCCCUCCAGCUAAUGUAACAUCCCCAGGAUCUAUACCAACUAACCUUCACAUUCAACAAAUGUCCAUUGAAAGAGGAAAAGAUGGUAUUUUUUAUAUAGCAGGUAGUCAAAAUAGUCCCAGCCUAGUACCAACACCACCUCCCCCUGCCCCUCGGCCUGAACUCAUCAACACACUUACCUCCCCUAUCAUGAGCCCUGAUGGAACUAUGGGACUGCUCAUGGCUAGCCAAAACGAAACUGUACUUUUAAGACGCCAGUUGGAGGAAGUACGACGGGCCAACCGGCUUUACGAGCACCAAAUACUGCAGUGGAGGGACAUGCAGGACCAGGCGGCAGGGGGAAGGCCAGGUAUGGGGGGCCGAGGUGGGCCAGGUGUCAACACCCUCCGUAAACGUCAGAGCUUCACCGCGGAUUCCCUCUCCAGCAGCCCGGUCUCUCUGUCCCAUCUAGACCAUGCAGGUCAAGCAAGGUCGGUCAGGGAUGAGGUUGACCCUGCGAGGGACGAGCUAGAGCGUGAGAACCUCCGCCUCCAGCAGCUGGUCACCCAGCUUGAGGACGACCUGUUGACCGUGUCCAAAGAAAAGGAAUCUUUAUUACAGACACUACAGCUGCUCCAGGAGGAGCUGUUAGCAUCCGAACGCAAGCAGAGAGCCAGAUCUAAAGUUGUUUAGCUGUACAUAUUCUUCAUUUAUUUAUUGUUCAAAUUUAAAAAUCAUUCUGCUUAACUAAAUACAUUCUCAAAUUAAAUUGGACAUAUCUGUGACUUAAAGAAUCUUGAAUUGUACAUAUGGCAGAUUUUUUUCAUAAUUUUCCUUAACACUGUUUUUGUCCUGUGAUCAUAUCAGGUUGAAUAACUAUAUAUAAAAAUCAUAUAUCCUAUUUUAAAUAUACAUAUAUAUAUAUAUAUAUAUGUCCAUGAAAUCCAAGUAUUAUAUUUAUGUACAGAUAAUGUUCACAAUUGAAUGUCUGAGCAUCCAUUUUGUUUUUCUCUUGUAUAAUAUCUGCAAAAAUAGACAUGUAGAUCUCUAGAAGAAUUUCUUCUCAUCUCAUAUCAAGCUAUUGUUGAUGAUUAUUAUUUUCUUUACAUUAAGAUCAUCUGUACCAUUGUCGGGGGGGGGGGGGGUUAGGUUUACAUUAAAACAAAUGAUCGCCACACAACUGGACAUAUAAUUUAAUUUUAUUUCUAUCCACUCCCUACAUAUUUAAAUGCUAUUGUUGAAUAUGGUGUAUUUAUCCAAGUAAUAAGUACAGAUUUAUUAAAAUCAGAGGAAAAACAUGUUCUGUCUAACUUUGUUUCAUUGAUUCUGCUUGAUAUCAAAGGCAGUAGAUUUCAGUGCUUUGAUUUUGAUUACUUACUACUGGAAAUUAUGAAUAAAAGUUAAAGACAUCAGAGAAAACAAACAAUAUUUUCAAUUAUUUCUGUUCGUUUCCAGCAUAAUUGUUGUUAAUUCUAAUUUAAGAAUUCUUUACUCAAUGUACAUAAGGUAUUGUGAUUACAUAAAUUCUUUAUUAUAAUAUCUUUUUAAAAAAAUUUAUUAUAUACAUAAUAUAUAUUUAUAUCUACACAUUCAUUUAUUCUUUUUAAAAGUGCAAUGUGCCAAUGUUAUGAAAUUUACACAAUCAUAUUUAUACAUUCUUAUUUGACACUGAUUUAAUGGUUAGCGGCAUAGCUAGUUUUUUCUUUAUCCUCCACCCCAUUAGAAGAAAACAAUUGUUCCUUUAUCUAUUCCACAGUUUAUGAUUUCUCCCCC